CAGAAAAAGGAACAAAUAGUGUUUGUAUGAUGAAAUUGAAAUUUCAUUGCGUUGUAAGAAUAAAGUAGGAGCGCACCCCGGAUCUCAAGCCAACAUUUCCUCUGCGUUCUAUUCAUUUUAUUCACUGUUUAAUUUCUUCUCUCUCAAUUCAAAAAAAGUGGUGGAUUUUCCCCUCUGGUUUUACGCCGAAUGGCAGACUGAACCGCCUCUUUCUCCCAUUUAUAUUCCUCCACCUGCCUCCCUUUCUCUCUCUUGGAACAACAACUUCUCUCUUCUUACUUUUGUUUUUAUAUGGACUCCAACCGUCUCCCCUCCUCUCUUCAUUUUGCGUCUCACUUUUGGUUUCAGUAAUUUCUCUCCUCCAACUUUGCAUGUGCCCUUCUCCCAGUUAACUGAGAAAAAAGGAAACAAGAUUUUUCUUGAUUUUCGAAUCAGUAAGAAAUUUAGAGGGUUUCCGUCACCAUAAAUGGGACGAGGAGUGAAGUCUUGAAUCAAGAUAAUACACAUUCUUGAAAUGGCCCCCGAUAAUAACAACAACUGGCUCUCAUUUUCACUUUCCUCAGUAGAAAUGGAGGUCAAGCUCAACCCUUCCGAUUCUCAGCUGCAGCCUACCCCAUCCGAUUCCCACCAUUUCUACCCUUUCGCCGAUAACUUCUAUGCCAAUGGAUGGUCUAACCAGAAAGGUGAGACGAUGUACACCGAUCAGCACACCCACCCGCCCAAGCUCGAGGACUUCUUCGCCGACGCCGACUCGACCGAGACUCAGGACUCGUCCCUCACUCACCUAUACGAAGAUCUCAACGCUAUUUCUGCGUUUCAAGCCUUCUCCGCCAACCCGGGCUCUGACGUCGACGACUCGGCCUUCCCCGCUCAGACUCAGUCCCCGGUGGAGUCGGGCACCGAGUUGGUGCCCUUUUCUCAGACUGCUGCAGCUCCUAAUACCCUCACUCUCCGAGUUAACUCGGAGAGUGAUAGCAGGAACUCGGCCGUUGCCCGAGCUGACUCGGGCAAGAAAAUGGGGGAUACCUUCGGCCAGAGAACUUCAAUUUACAGAGGUGUCACAAGGCAUAGAUGGACAGGUAGAUAUGAGGCGCAUUUAUGGGAUAACAGCUGCAGAAGAGAAGGGCAAGCGAGAAAAGGGCGUCAAGUGUAUUUAGGUGGGUAUGACAAGGAAGACAAGGCGGCAAGGUCGUAUGAUUUGGCUGCGCUCAAAUACUGGGGUCCGACUGCAACCACCAACUUCCCGGUUGCAAAUUACACCAAAGAAUUGGAAGAGAUGAAGCAUGCAACUAAGCAAGAAUUCAUAGCCUCACUUAGAAGGAAAAGUAGUGGUUUCUCGAGGGGGGCUUCGAUCUACAGAGGUGUUACGAGGCAUCAUCAGCAAGGCCGGUGGCAGGCGAGAAUCGGCCGUGUUGCCGGGAAUAAGGAUUUGUACCUGGGAACAUUUGCAACUGAGGAGGAAGCAGCAGAGGCAUAUGACAUCGCCGCGAUCAAGUUCAGAGGCAUAAAUGCGGUGACCAACUUUGAGAUGAACCGGUACGACAUCGAUGCCAUCGCCAAAAGCCCCCUUCCCAUCGGUGGCUCUGCGAAACGCAUGAAGGUUUCACUUGAAGCCGAGGAGAAACUACCUCUGUGCAAUAGCAGCGGCAACAUCAACUUCUCUGACAUCCAACCGGGUUCUGCCAUCCCGUGUGGAGGAGUCCCCUACGACACAACAACGCCGUACUACCACCACAACCUGUUCAACCACAUGGGAGCCUCGGACGCGGCGGCCUCUGGGUCGGCGUCGGCCAUGGUGAGCCUGAUGCAGCCGCCGGCGGAGUUUUUCAUCUGGCCUAACCAAUCGUAUUAGGUAGGCAGUGCUAGGGAGUGAUACUAACUUACCCGGUUAGGCUUUUAGGAUGGAUUCAAAAAAGGAUAAGGUUUUUUUUUGGUGUAAGUAGCAACUUUUGCUUCGUUUCAAUUUCAAUGUACCAUAAACUGGAGGCACUCGAUCGCUGUGGAUUAAUUUUCAACAGGUUUUCCAUAGUAAUCGAAUGAUUUAUGCUAUAAUCCAGAUAUAACAAAAUGAUACAGUGCUUAUAGCUGAUUUUGUUUAAUAAUAUUUGCAAUUUGCAUAACA